UCGGUUUUUAACGUUUUUAGUUCUUAUGAUUCUUAUUCAAAAACAUUUAAAACUAGAACAUAACCUACUAUAAAUCGUAAGUUAAUAAGAACCAAUGUAAAAGUAUUUAAAUACUACAUUUAAAAAUUAAUAAAUAAGAAUGGCAAUGGCUGGCGUACCUGCUGAAGUUGAAGCUGAACAGAUUAAAUCUUUCAAAGAUUUCCUUACAUCGUACAAUAAAUUAUCAGAAGUUUGUUUCAUUGAUUGUAUAUCCGAUUUUACUUCACGAGAUAUUAAAGAAAAUGAAGAAAAAUGUGCUUUAAAUUGUAUGGAGAAAUAUUUAAAAAUGAAUCAACGAGUGUCUCAGAGAUUUCAAGAGUACCAAAUGAUAAUGAAUGAAAAUGCAAUGGCUAAUGUUAAAAAACUAGGGUAAAUGUUGUUAAUUAUAAGUAUGUUCAUGUAUAAUUAAAUUUUAUUGAAUAAAUAUUAAUAACAAUCUUA